AACGUUAAUGAACAGAAGAAUGAAGAAAUUGAACAUCUGAAAACGCUCCUUAAGGAGCCAAGUGUAAAUUCCUCUAUUUCCAGUUUACCAAAAGAUGACGCGGAGCAAUCUCAUCUCUCCGCUUUGCAGAGAGCAUUGUCAGACAGAGAUAAUCAGUUGCUGGAAGUGCGAACACAGCUCCAAGAUGCUACAAAAGAAAUGAAGGAAAGCACGGAAUUACUGAAGAAAAUGAAGAUGGAAAAGGAAAACGAUUCCAGAAAAAAAAGUGAAAUGGAAGAAACCAUCACGGAAAUGAAGACGCUUUUGAAUACUGCUCACGAGAGGUCUCAGAAAUUACAAAAUGAGCUGGCUUUUUCAGAAGAAAAUGUCAAAAGUAAAGAAAAUGAGUUGCAAAAGAUAUAUAGUAAAAUGAGAGAAAAUGGACAAGUUGAUCUUGUGGCGAAUCUUGAAGAAAUUCAAGAAUUAAAGUUUCACAAUAGAACUAAACAAAAACAAAUCAUGAGUUUGGUCAAAACUGCUAAUAAAUUGCAAGAAAGAUGUGACAAAUUUGAGAAGGAAAACUUUGCAAUGAGAGAACAGAUUGGAUUAUCACAAGAAGAUGUCGUGAAUCUGAAUGGAUAUACAUCGAAAAUGAAAAUAAUGAAAAAGGAAUUGGAUACCGUUAGAGAUCAUUUGUUGAAAAAAGAAGAACAAUGGCUUCAUCUCAAAAUAGUUACUCACAAACUCAACCAAACCAUAUCUUCACUAGCCAAUCAACUAUUGGAUCUAGGACAAAAACCGAAGUACGACAAUUUGAAGGAGUUUGUUUCGAGAGAAGAAAAUUUGAGGGAAGACAAUAAAGUUUUGUGUGAAGAAAAUGAAGCUCUGAGGAAAGGAAUGCAUGAGAUUUUGAACAGUAUCAAUACAAAGAAAACGACAUCAUUGAAUGAAAUUAAGUCAGAAACUUUCGAAAAAUUGAUAAGAGCUUUAGACGUCAAACACAUUUCAGGGUGGUAUCACCCUGCGAUGAGAUUGCAAGCCGAACUUCACCAUUUAGAAGGCAUUAAUUCUGAGUUGCGAGAUCAACUUAGGCUUGCCAAAGCAGAGGCUUUGAAGUUCAGAGAAAUAUCUUUUAAGGACAAGAAAGAAGAGAAAAAUGGAUCCGAAAAAGAUGGAAGAAUUACAGAAAAACAGAUUUUGGAGGCAAAUACGGAAGUAUUAGAAAUUGUGUAUCAAGAUGAAUUAACAACUGAAAAUGCAGAACCGAUACUGAAUAACAUUCUGGAAAAGGCUACAGUUUGUAGAGAAUCUGGUGAAAUUGAUGGUGAUACAAGGAAACUUCUGAUCACGUUGUUUGGGAAUGUAUUAGUUGUAAAUCACUCGGUGAAACAGAAACUUCAGUCGACUGAAGAAUCACUUCAAAAACUUGAGAAUGAACAUGAAUUGUUAUUAGAGAAACUGAAUAUUCUCGAUAGCGAAACUGAAGAAGAAAAGAUAAUUAAAUUUGAGGAGGUUGUGAAAAGUAAUGUUUUCAUGAAAAGGCAGAUUAUUUAUUUAGAAAAUGAAAUGAAAAAACUUUUGAAUAAACUAGAUAAAAAACAAGAAGAUUCUAAUAAUGCUCUCAUAUUGUAUACAAAAUCUAUCGGGGAAAUGGAAAGGAAAAACAAAUCUUUGGAAAUGAGUUUAACGAUUAUGAAAAAUAUGAAUGAUAUUUCUGUUGACUUCGAAACUCAUUCAGAAGUAUUGAAGAAUUUAGAUGAUAUGACUAUUAAAUACAGAGAACUUGCUGCAUUCAUCAAGAAGAAAGAAGAAGAAAACUCACUGGAGAUGAAUAUACUGCUUGAGGUACAGAAGAACUUAGAAUCGGACAAAAUUGAACUGAAGAGUGAACUCAUUUCGACCUUAUCGAAGUUAACAUUUCACAACGUUCAGACUAGGGACCAUAAACUGGAAAGUAUUUCUCAAAAGUUAGCUGAAAGUGAGGUUAACGAAAUAACGGAAAGACAGCGCGCUAAUCACAUCAAUAACUUGUACGAUUUAGUGAAGGAACAGCUUAAUAAAUCCGAGGAGAGGUUUCAUGAGUUUACAAAGUACAAUGAAGAUUUAUUAAAAAAGAAUAUGGUACUGCAAGGACAACUGAGAGAAGCAGAAAGUAAAAUUUGCAAUUUUGUUGACAACAACUUGUAUAACCAGUUGAAGAGAACGAAUAAUGAUUUAUUGUCAGAAAAAGAAAAACUGGAAAACUUGGUGUCUAACUUAAAACAGGACUUGAAGCUAAUCAAAACGAAGCAGUUUAAUGAAACGACUUGGAAUGAUUCCAAAGAACAAGAAUUAUUGAACCUUAAACAUCAAAUCGUCGAUUUGAUAUCUUCAUCCGAUGAAAAGGUGACCAUAGCCCAGCUGAAUGAAGAUAUUAUGCAAUACAGACACUCCCAUAACUAUUAUGAAUCCAAGUAUGAAGAAAUGAGGCAAGCAUUGGAGGAAUUGAAGCUAAAAUAUGACGAAGAAAUGAAGAAUCAUGAGAAAGAAAAAACACUCGCUGAAGAAAAAAUUGUCAUUUUGAAUCAAUCAAUGAACAAUUUACGUCUGCUCUUCAAUACGCUGAAAUUGCAGUAUUUUGGAUCUGUUCCCCUCUGUUCAGAGAAAAUACUCAUAAACAAUAUAAAAACAAUCAAUGAAGAAAAACAUGAGAGUUUUCUACGUUUGCAUAAAGCCAGAGUGAAAGAAAGUGAAGCCACUUUGUUGAAAGAACAAUUGAAAAUCGAAUUGGAAUGUUUAAAAGAAGAGCAGAAGGGAUUAACCAAAGAUUGUGAAGAGUACCAGCGUCAAGUACUGAAUUGGAUGAAGGAAAAAAAAGUUUAUCAGAUAAAUGAAUUGAGACACAAGCGGCAGUUAGAAUUCAAAGAGGAGCAGUUACAACAUUUUAUGGAACGGGUGAAAAUGCAAGACGAUCAAAUAGCACAACUAGACGAAGAGCUUCUAUUCUGGCAUAAAAAUUUCGAUGACCUAUUCUUGCCAAAACAAAAAGACUUUCACGAUAUUGGAAUCACAGAGACAUCGACACGAGAUUCUCCUACACCUGUGAAAUCACUGGAAAUUUCAAAAUCGUUCAAGUCCGUUGAAGUUCAAGUUAACGAAGGGAAAUCGAGCUCAUCCAUAGAUGAAACCCAACUUUCAACAUUAUUGGCGGACCUUUCGAGAAUGAAAGGCGAACUUUCCCAGAAACAACAAGUUGUUGAUCAAAUGAAGAGCAAAAUCACUGAACAUGAGAUGACAAUAAGUUUAUUUAGAAAGCAAAUUGGUGACAAACAAAGUCAAAUCACAUUUUAUGAACGUCAUAUAUUGGAACUGCAGAACAAAAAAGCUGAGAUACAUGUGAAUGGUGCAGGUGGUGACAACAUAAAUGCUCGAGUAGAGAGAACUAAUAGUACCAAUGAAGACUUUUCUGUUCUCACGGAUACUGUGAAAACUUUACAAGAUAACUUGAAGAUGAAAAAUGAAGAAAUUGUGAAAUACCAAACAUUACUGAAGGAAGAUAGAGACAAACAUAGUAUGGCAGCUGCAAUAUUGCAGGAAGAAUUACAGAACAUUCAAAAAUUGCUGACAGAAGAGAAACAAAAGAAGUUAAGCCUGGAACAGAACUUCACAAAAUCCCGUCCAAAUAGAGCCGCUUUAGAGCAAUAUAUGUCACAAGUGCAUGCCUUGGAAAAACAUACAUCUGAAUUGCAUACAAAAAUUUCUAGUUUGGAGGCUCAGCUGCAGUCGACUAGAGAAGAAGUCGUACGUUGGAGAACUCUGGCUAAUGAUAGGCUGUCGGCGAUGGAAGAACUUCGAAAAAGUUUAGAUAGCCAACAUCAAAACGAAUUGGAUAUAUACAAGAGUGAUAGCGAGAAGCUAAAAGAGCUAGGAAAAGAUGAGGUGAUUUCUUUGAGACAGCUCAUCAGUGAACAAAAAAUGGAACUCAGUGGCCGUUUGGAGGCUGACAUUCGGAAAGUUGUGAAAGAAAAAGAUGAUAAAAUUCAUGAACUCACGAUAAAACUACGACACUUAAGAAACACGAUUUCACCAAACACAGCUAGAAGCGACAAAUCGAAUAAGAGCAUGAAAGAUCAACUCCAGAAAAAAAUCACUACUCAGGAAAAUGAACUGGCUAAAUUGAAAGAAACUCUUGCGGAACAAAUAGCUAUCAAUGAAACUCACAGAAUUCAGGCAAACGAAGAUUUUUAUAAAUGGAAAAAAAUGAAAUAUUGGCAACAAAAUGCUGAAAAACUAAAAAACAAACUCGCAGAAAGAGACGCCGAAUUCGAAAAGCUGCAACAUACAACUACAGGUUAUAGAAUGCUUAUAGAGAGGUUAGAACGAGAAAAGCACAAUCUAGAGAAUAGAAUCAAGAUUUUAAAAAGUACAAACGUGAACAUUCCUAAUUUUAAAGAAUUAGAAAUCCUGAGAAUUGAGAAUAUGAAAUUGAAGGCUGAUGUGGAAGCUAUGAAUUCCAAGUUAGAAAUGCAGCAACAUCAUUCAGGAGGACUAGGAGCUGCCAUGAUGCAAGAAAAGCUAGAGAGCCAGGAAAGGAAAAUUGCGAUACUGGAAGUAGCUGCAAAGGUUUGUCGCGACAAAAUAAAACACCAAACAACUGUGUUACAAGCAAAACAGCUAGUACAGAAAAUACCUAAUCCGCCCGACGCGUCUAAGGGAGAAGAAGAGAAACACCCAAGCUAUAUUGAUGUGCUGAAAACAGAAAGACACACACAAGAAAUGAAUCAUGAUGUACCUCAAACAGCCGCUCCUGAAUCAAAAAAAGUCUCCGAACUGGAGAGAACAAUUUUUAUAUUGAAACGAGUAGUAGAAAAAUUGCAGGUGGAAAAUAAAAGACUAGUAAGUGGAAAGCAACCUCUCUCAGAUCAUUCGGCAUCUGCUGAUAAACUGAAAAGAAAUCAUUUGUGCCUCAAGAAAAAGUAUGAAGAAUGUGUACAAAAACUCGGCAAUAUGGAACAUGAAUUAUCCAUGGCAAAAAAUAAAUUGCGAAAUUUCCCCACUUCCAAAACAACUGAUGAUGACGGGUUUGUGGCCAUUUCAGAUGAACUUUCAAAAGUUCGAGAACAACUAGAACAGAAAUCGACUUUACUGGAUAAAGUCAAAAUUCUUUUACACAGAGCAGCAACCAAGGAAAAAUCUCUUAUACAAGAGAUUAUCAAGUUGAAGAAUGAAAAAUGUGGUGAAAUAAGUACCAUUCCAGAAGAAUCAGAAGGGAAUAGCAGUUCCGAGUUAUAAGUUGUUUGUUUGUUCCCCAGUGUUCAAAACUUUUGUAUAUUUAUAGUAAUUCAAGAAUUAAAUUACUUUAAGAA